AAGAAAAAUAAAAAAUACUGCGCAAGUUGUGAUGGCCCUAUGAACCUUCAACAACAACAUCCUGAAGAUGACCCCAUCACAUUGUUUUAAAGUUAUCCAGCAUCAAGAACACCGUACUGUACUUGAUGAACUCAACGCUACUGAGUGCACAUGAAAAGGCAACUGUGUGAUGAAUGCGAUAGCUAAAGAAGUAUAGGAGAGCCAUGAUGUCAGGGCGAGGGUGGCUACAUGGCAGCUAAAAUUGCUAAGCUGCAGAACCAGUACCAUACUUCUGUCACAACCACAGUUGGAGAAGAGAAUCGUGGAAUAUUUAAAGGUGUUGCAAUCUUUGUGAAUGGAUAUACAGAACCAACAGCUGAAGAGCUGAAGCGUAUAAUGAUGACCAAUGGCGGCACUUAUCACCAUUACUUCUCUCGAAGCAAGACCACUCACAUCAUUGCCAACAACCUUCCAGAUACUAAAAUAAAGAACAUGAACACAGAUAAGAUUGUAAGUCCAAAGUGGGUUAUAGAUUCACUGGAAGCUGGACAUCUAUUGGACUACACUAAGUAUAUUCUUUAUACUAAUCAGUCCAAAAGUCAGCCCAAGCUACCUUUUAAGCCAUUAUCCUUACCACAUGAGAAGAGUGAAGCUAGUUAUAGAAAUUCCCCCACUACAUGUACCUCAGAAAAAAAUUCAUCUUCACCUGAUGCUGUUGCUCAUCAGAAAAUAUACACAGGUUCACCAAUAGAAGAAUCUCUAAAUUUACAUGUAAAUCUGAACUUAAAUAAAACCAAAUCAGAUGUAGCAGCUCAAGAUAAAAAUGGUUUUGAGACACAUAUAAGUGAUAAAAGAAAGUUAGAUGGGCUGUCAUGUCAUGGUUUAAGCACUGCAGGUAGACAGAAUUACAGCCCAACAAAAGUUCAAUCUAUGAGUACUGCAAACCCAAGAUUUCUCUCUGAAUUCUAUAACAAUUCUAGGCUUCAUCAUAUUUCAACAAUGGGGGCUAUGUUUAAACAGUAUGUAAAUGAACUUCAGAGUCAAAAUAAGGGCUUUACUGGCAGGGAAGGCUUAAUGAAAUGGGUAAAAAAUAAUGAAGAGAAAUGUUUGCCUGGUGAUUCUGCAAUAAGAUCAUCAUCUGUGGGUGCUUCAAAGAAAAAAAGUAAACGAACAGUUAUGCAUAUUGACAUGGAUUGUUUUUUUGUGUCUGUGGGUCUACGUAAGCAUCCAGAGUUGCUUGGCAAACCUAUAGCUGUGACGCAUGUGCGAGGCAAUCCUAGGUCUAGUGUAAGGGAAGGGGUGGAUGCACAAUAUGAAUUGAAUUACUAUAAGGAACGAGCCAAAAAACGACUUCAAGCAAAAAUACACCCAGUGAAUUCUACCAAAUUAGUUAAAGUUGUUCCAGAAAUUGAUGAAAAUGAUAAAAAUGAGGUGAACAUGACAGGAGUCAUUGAAGUGGUCUCUGCAUCUAAUGGAAGGUUUUCAACAAUGAAAUUAAUUGAUGAUACCUGCUCAUGGUCAGAAAUUGCCUCCUGUAGCUAUGAAGCACGUAAAGCUGGUGUGAAGAAUGGUAUGUUUCUUGGACCAGCACUUAAGUUGUGUCCAAACCUUCAAACAAUACCCUAUGACUUUGAUGGCUACAAAGAAGUUUCAUACAAACUUUAUGAUAUUGUUGCUAGUUUUACACAUGAUAUAGAGGCAGUUAGCUGUGACGAAAUGUUUGUUGACUUAACUGAGCUCCUUUGCACUUGCCAAGUCACUCCUGAUCAAUUUGCUACUUAUCUUCGUGAAAAAAUACAGGCAGCAACAGGGUGUCCAUGUUCAGUCGGCAUGGGACCGAGCAUUCUGGUUGCUCGCAUGGCUACCAGAAGAGCUAAACCCAAUGGUCAGUAUGUGGCUGACCCUGAAGACCUUGCUAACUAUAUGAAGGACCACAAGGUCUCUGAACUUCCAGGUGUUGGCUGGUCUCUGGAGACUCGUUUGCAAGGUGAAGGGAUAUACACUUGUGGGGACCUGCAGGCUAAAACCCUUGGUCAGUUGCAAGCUGCCUUCGGGUCUCGAACAGGCCAAUCCCUCUUUAACUACUGCCAAGGAAUUGAUGAUCGUUUAGUGAAGAGUGAGCAUGUGAGGAAAUCAGUCUCAGCAGAGGUGAACUAUGGCAUUCGGUUUACCUGCCAAAGUGACGCUGACAAGUUCAUCAGUGAGCUGGCUGUAGAACUGGAGAAUAGACUUGAUGCUGUUAAACUGAAGGGCAAGUGUAUCACUCUCAAACUUAAGGUACGUGCAAAGGAUGCUCCAGUAGAGACAGCUAAGUUUAUGGGUCAUGGUGUUUGUGAUAAUAUUGCAAAGUCUGUGUCCAUAUCCUCAGCAACUUCUUCAUCAUCUAUCAUAGAGAGAGAGGCAUUGUCUUUGCUGCACCAAGUAAAGGUUCAGCCUCAGGACUUCAGGGGUGUUGGGAUCCAGGUGUCACGUCUGGAGGGGCACCAAGGUUCAUCAGGAGGUUUUGGAUCUGGUGGAACUUCUAUUAAAAACUUUCUAAUAGCCAAGAGCAGCACCAACAAGACAGUUAGCCCUUCCAUCAGUCCCAUAAAUUCUACAGAAACUGAUCACACAACUUUUGAGGAUAAUAAAUUUUCUCAUAUCAAUGUAGGCUUCUGCCACUUGAAGCAAGUGGCAGGAGAAAAAAUUCACUCAAAAACACCAGGGGCACUACUAGGAUCUAGUACUGCUGUACCUGCACCAAGUGGUGAUGCACAAGUGUCUCUAACAAACGAAACUUCACAAAAAGACAACAUUGACCUUGAAGUUCUCAUGGCUCUUCCUAAAGAGAUAAGAGACCAAGUAAUAGCUGAGUACAGUCAGCAGGGUUAUAUUAUUCCAACACUUGGUGAUGGGGUUGCUGGUGGUGACAGAUUGGUGAUAACUGAGGAACCAAAACCAAGUACAUCAGGUUACGUACAACCUGCCAAGAAAUCAACUACACAAGAGUCUGACUUUGCAAAGGUGCCUAGGAUUCAUGGAAAAGGUACUUUGACAUCACAUUUUGUUGAAUUAAGUGGAGGAAAUGAUUUAGAAGAUUUUAUAGCAGUAAAUGAGAGUGGAAAGGAUGUUCCAUACAGCACUAAAGAUGACUGCCAGAAACACAGUGAGAGAAGAUCCAGUGGUAACUUAAUUGCUACUGCCACAAUUGCUGAAGAGGCAGAUUGCAAUAGUAACUCUUCACUUGUUUCAGAAGAUGCACAAAAUGAAGCAUUAAUUACUAGUUUUUCUCAGGUGGAUGAAAGUUUUCUGAAAGCUAUUCCAGAAGAGCUUAGGGAAGAAUUACGCCAGGACUUCAAGCGCCAAAAGGAAGCAGCAGUGAAUAAGCAACAGAGACCUCAAAGGACAGAUGCAGUCUGUGGUGGAGGUUUACUUGAGAACAGUAGUCGGUCUGGAAGGACAUUGCCUCAACAGCAGCUGGGUAGC